AUGUUUUCUCUCCAAACCAUUCGCACGAGCCUCCCCCGGCGAGGCCUUGCCGUGGCGUCCCCGAUCCGGGCGUACGCCAGCCAAACCCCCGGCAACCCCAUGCUGGAGAUCUUCAACCGACAGACAAAACACCUACAAAAGGACCGGGCAGCACGGAAUGUUGAGGAGAGCCGGAAGGUCGAUUAUCUGAAAGACGAGGUUGCAUUGCGGCUAUGUGAGCGGUUAUUUGACAUCAAACGCGAUUUCUCGAAUGCACUCGAUCUCGGCGCGAACAGCUGCAACAUCGCGCGCGCACUCACAACACCCAAUAUCGACCCGGCAGCGCCGGAGGGUACAUUGACACCCCCGCUAGCGGAGCGCAUAUCGAAGUUGACAUGCGUGGACACGUCGCGUGCGCUGCUACACCGGGACGAUGACCUGCCGUUCAAUAAUGAGAUCGACAUCCAGCGGGACGUGAUUCCAAAUCUGGAGGCGUUGCCAUACGCGCCCAACAGCUUCGACGCAGUGCUGUCGUCGCUAUCGAUCCACUGGAUCAACGACCUGCCGUCGCUCCUAGAGCAAGUCAACAUGAUGCUGAAGCCAGACUGUCCGUUCAUUGCGGCCAUGUUCGGCGGCGACACGCUCUUCGAGCUGCGUGGGUCGAUGCAGCUGGCGGAUAUGGAACGGCGCGGUGGCGUCAGCCCGCAUGUGUCGCCGCUGGCUGAUGUGCGGGAUGUGGGGAGUCUUUUGACCCGUGCCGGGUUCAAGAUGCUCACUGUUGAUGUUGAGGAUAUUGUGGUCGAGUUCCCGGAUACGUUUGCUCUGAUGCAGGACUUGCAGGCGAUGGGUGAGAGCAAUGCCAUCAUGCACCGUGAGGCUGGCCCGUUGUCGCGCGAUGUCUUACUGGCUACUGAUGCGAUCUACCGCUCCCUCCAUAUGGAGGAGGGCGCACGCGGUAUUCCCGCAACUUUCCGGUUGAUUUAUAUGAUCGGUUGGAAGGAAGGGAAGGGCCAGGCGCAGCCAUUGCAGCGCGGAAGUGGUGAUAUGAAUCUGAAGGAUCUCCUCGGUGGCGGUGAUUUUGAGAGGCCAUAA